GUCCCCUUUGCCCGGAAUAUUAUGCACGUCGAAAGUGUUUUCUGGCGAUCGCCGCAGAGUGGCGAGCACCGGAGCCGCCGAAGAAGGAGACCGCGAGUCUAUAUAAAGGCCCGCCAUCAUUUUCUAUUUUCUAUAGUCCGGUAGUGUGGUCGGUUAGUGUGCUUUAAUUAGUUCAGUUUACCCUCAGACCCUUGUUUUUUCGAGAUCGAACGUAAAAAAUUGAAACGAAAAUGAGGAAUUGUACAGCUCUGAUACCCCUGCUCAUGAGCUUGUUCUUCAACGUGAGGUGCUCGCCUGUAUCACAACCGGGAUACGAAAAUGCUCAAUACGUUCAAGCUCAAGCCAUACCAGUUGUACAGUACAAGCCUCAAGAGAUACACUUUAAAGCAGCACCUCAAGCCAGGCCGGUUUAUGAGCAAAGGGCAGAAGGUUUACAGUACUACUCGACGCAAGCGAAAUCGAUACAGGCUCCUGCUCAAAGGCCUGUCCAACAGGUCUUUGCACCAAGCAGUCAGGCCAGAUCUAUCCAGACUCCAGCCCAAGGAGGAGUACAUCAGUACUUUGUGCCCACACACCAGGGUCCAAGACAAUUAGAACCUACUGUAUACGACCAAGUAGUAUUGAAGCAACAGCAACAAGGUUUAGCAAGGAAAGCUCAACCGAGCCCACAGCCUGUUCCUCAAGCAUCCUACCGUCCUCAGGCAAUCAAAUAUGCCCAGCCAGCUCCUCAGCAACAGUACAGCCCAAGGUAUCAACAAGCUGAGGCAGCCAGCAAUGAAGCUGAAGAAAAAGAAGACGAAGGUGACUUUGAUCCCAAUCCUUCCUACCAGUUUGGUUUCGAUGUAAAGGACGACCAAUUUACCAACUACCAAACUCGUAAAGAAGAAAGAGAUGGAAAGAAGAUCACUGGUAGUUACUCUGUGGUUGACGCUGAUGGAUACAUCAGAACUGUAAAAUAUACUGCAGAUCCUAAAGAAGGUUUCAAAGCUGAGGUAUCCAGAGAGCCAACUGAUAUCGUAGUCAGAAUACCCAAACCCGAGCCACAAUAUCAAGCCCUUCCUAAACAACAAGUUCAGCAACAACAGUACCAACCUCAAUAUCAGCAACAAUAUCAGCCACAACACCAACAACAACAUCAACAACAACACCAACAACAACAACCAGCAAGACAGCCACAGUUGAUUAAGAUUGCUCCUGCUAGACAACAACACAAUACCAACGAUAAUACAAACGUCGUGUACAGAUACCAAUAAUUUUAGAUAUAUUUUAGCAAAACAACUGUAUUAUUUUUAUUU